AUGGCCCCCAACAGCCCCAAUAACUCCACCCUUACGAUUUCGCCCUUGGUGACCAAUCAUAGGGCCCAGGACUACUUUCAGACACCUCCACCUGUUGAAGGUCGCAGAAUCCAAUCUUCUCAUAGAAUCUUCUCGUCUCCCAAUGCAAAGCAAAGCAAGAAACGAUUGAAUGGCGAUGAAACACGGAUUUCCCAGCAAGUAGUUCCUCCAGAAUUGUCAUUUGCCGAUGAUCCAGAGUCGUCUCAAGCUGUUCCCGACAAUCUUGAGGAGAUCCCGUUGACUCAGGCUGACAAGCUACGUUUGUGGAGACAUGAUGCUUUACUUCAGCAUCAUUAUGAGACGGCUAUAUACAUUGGAGAUAAGGUUCUCAGUAUGACGAAUGACCCCAACGAUGCAUUCUGGUUAGCCCAGGUGUAUUAUUCCAAGGGGGACUACCAGAUUGCUUGCAGCUUACUUUCAGGACCUCAAUUUGAGGACUCUGUUAGUUGUCGAUAUUUAUCUGGGCUCUGUCUAGUGAAAUUAGAGCGUUAUGAUGAGGCUUUAGACAUUGUGGGCGAAGUAAAUCCUUUUAAAAAGGAACACACAGUGAAGAAUCCGGAUGGAGGUAUCAAAUUGGAGGCUUCCAUGUGCUAUUUACGCGGAGUGAUAUAUGCCAGACAGAAUAACUUUGAGAGGGCCAAAGACUGCUUUAAAGAGGCUAUUUUAGUGGACGUGAAGUGCUUUGAGGCAUUCAAUCAACUGAUUACGAACUCGAUGCUCACUCCAGAUGAGGAAUGGGAUCUUCUAUCACAUUUAAACUUUGAUGAUGCAGAUAAUAAUGCCGAACUAGUAAGACUAUUGUACACUACGAGACUCUCAAAGUACAAGAAUGUGCACAAGUUCGAAGAUGCAGAACUCAAAUUGAAGGACGAAUACAAUUUAGAAGGCAAUUUAGACCUUCUUCUUGCACGAACAGAUCUUUUAUAUGCUCAGUGUCGAUUUCAAGACUGUCUUGACAUGUGCAGGCAGAUCAUGGAUCAAAAUGAGUGGAAUCUGCAAAUUAUGCCCAAUUAUCUCAGUUGUCUGUACGAGACAGGAGGUAAAAACGAGCUCUUUCUAUCUGCACAUAAGCUUGCCGAAAACUAUCCCAACAACUACAUCACGUGGCUUGCUAUUGGCAUCUAUUACUUUGCUAUCGGACGGACAAACGAUGCACGACUAUUCUUCUCCAAGGCGUCAAUUUUGAAUCCAAGCUUUGGACCUGCUUGGAUUGGAUUUGCACAUACAUUUGCCGUCGAAGGUGAGCAUGAACAGGCCAUUAGUGCAUAUGCUACAGCGUCCAGACUGUUCCCAGGAAGCCAUUUGCCUAACUUGUUUUUGGGAAUGCAGUAUCUACAGAUGAACAACCUCAUAUUGGCUCAAGAGUACUUGACAUCGUCGCUGUUGAUUUGUCCCACGGACCCUCUACUUCUCAACGAACUGGGAGUGUUAUACUACAAUCGAGGACAGCUGGCUAAGGCUGAAAAUGUCUUACAGAAGGCUCUUGUCGCAUCGAAAAGCCUUGAUUCAAGUGCCAAAUGCUGCUGUUCGAUUCAUUGCAACCUAGGCCAUGUUUACCGGAGGUUAAAACGAUACAAACUGGCCAUAGAGCAUUUCGAAGACGUACUAAGGAUGUCUAAGAUAGAUGCUAACGUCUAUUCAUCACUUGGCCUCAUAUAUUUGAAGCUUGGGAAAAUCUCGAUAGCGAUUGAGAUGCUUCAUUCUGCAUUAUCGAUCCAAUCCAACGAUCCAAUAGCUACAGAUCUACUAAAUAAGGCAUUAGAAGCAAAUAUGAAGGUGAGAAAUCAUAGAUUCAUCGAGAGGGCCAAUAGUAACGAAACCCCCAUCAACAAGCCCAGGAAAAACGUCAGAUUUAUAGGACAGGAUAAGAAGAAGGAUUUGGAUUUAGUCGUAGAGGAUCUCAGAAGAGGAGAAGAUUCCAGUGAAGAAGGAGACGACGUGAUGGAGAUGGAAAGUGAUUAG